AUGGGCGCCGAAAGGGACCUCACGGUUGGGAGUGCUGCCGGCAACGACCAUCUUUCACGCCCGGAAAUUGCCUUCAUCUCUGGGCCCAUUAACAGUGGACCGAAUGAGAUCUAUUUUCAUACACAUUACGUUUCUCGCAUUCAACAAGCUAUUGAGAAUGGUCACGACUUUGUCAUUGGGCCUAUUCCGAGCGGAGUUGAUGCCGACGCCCUGUACUAUCUCCUCGGCUAUCCAGUCGCCCCGAGUCGUAUCACCAUCUUCGUAACUCUUGCAGAGGAGCAGAUUUUUGGACCACGGUUCCGAACCCUCUCAGUCAAUGUGCAGGUGGUUGAGGGCCAGAUGACUCAAGAACGCGACGCGGCUAUGACCCAAGCCAGCACCUAUGACAUCCUACGAGUGCGAACCACAGAGGAGGCCCGGGCAUUUUACGGUGGCAUGGCUCGCCCGGGAUACGUGACAAAUACGGAGCGCAAUUGGCGAAGACGGAGAGGUAUCGUGGGGGACGUUUUAAUCAGUGCGGAAGAGAUCAAUCGUGCCAUGGGGUAUCCGGCGUCGGAGGUCCUAUCUCCGCCAGAGGUGAAGAAGGGGGUCAUGGGACAGUUGAGGGAAGCAUUGAAACGUCACCGGUAG